CUUGGAUGAAAUGAUUCACUCUCAUAAACCCUAAAAUGAAGUAAACAAAUAGUAUUUAUUCUCCUGGCAGGUUCAAAUUCCAUAGUUUAACAACCAUACUAAACCAGUGAAAGCCUUGAGUUCAUCCAGGAGUCCCUUUGUAUGCUUGGACAUUCUUGUACACCCACAAAGAUCAAGUCUCUGUAAUAUGUUAUCAGCAUAUUCUUUUAAAAAGUGCUUUCUUAGGCCUGGUCUACACUACAACUUUAAUUCGGAUUUAUCAGCGUUAAUUCGAAUUUACCCUGCACCCGUCCACACAACGACGCCAUUUAAUUUGAAAUAAAGGGCUCUUUAAAUCAAUUUCUGUACUCCACCCCGACGAGCGGAGUAGCGCCAAAAUUGAUUUUAACAUUUCGAAUUAGGGAUAGUGUGGCCGCAAUUCGAUGGUAUUGCACUCUGGGAGCUAUCCCACAGUGCAUCCUUGUGACCGCUCUGGACAGCAAUCUAAACUCGGAUGCACUGGCCAGGUAGACAGGAAAAUUUGAAUUUCAUUUCCUGUUUGCCCAGCGUGGAGAGCACAGGUGACCACAGAUAGCUCAUCAGCACAGGUAACCCUGCAGGCCCAUAAUCGAAAAAGAGCACCAGCAUGGACCGUACGGGAGGUACUGGAUCUGAUCGCUAUAUGGGGAGAGGAUUCAGUGCUAGCAGAACUUCGUUCAAAAAGACGAAAUGCCAAAACUUUUGAAAAAAUCUCCAAGGGCAUGAUGGAGAGAGGCCACAAUAGGGACUCAGAUCAGUGCCGCGUGAAAGUCAAGGAGCUCAGACAAGCCUAUCAAAAAACAAAGGAGGCAAACGGUCGCUCCGGGUCAGAGCCGCGGACAUGCCGCUUCUACGCUGAGCUGCAUGCAAUUCUAGGGGGGGCUGCCACCACUACCCCACCUGUUACCAUGGAUUCUGGGUCGGGGAUAGUCUCAUCAGCUACACCUGAGGAUUCUGUGGAUGGGGAAGAGGAGGAGGAGGAGGACGAGCUUGCAGAGAGCACAGAGCACUCCGUUCUCCCCAACAGCCAGGAUCUUUUUCUCAGCCUGACUGAAGUACCCUCCCAAGCCAGUAUCCAAGACCAUGACCCCAUGGAAGGGACCUCAGCAGCUGCAAAUUCUUCAAGCCUCCCUCCUCCAUCCCGAAGGCUAUCACAGAUAAGGCGUCGGAAAAAGAAGACGCGAGACGAGAUGUUUGCAGAAAUUAUGGAAUCCACCCGCAGUGACAGAGCUCAUCUGAAUGAGUGGAAGGACACGGUUUCAAAGUAUAGGAAAGAAGCCAGUGAACGUGAGGAGAGGAGGGACUAACGUGAGGAGAGGAGGGACGCUCGAGAUGAGAGGUGGCGGCAGGAAGAUCAGAGGAGGCAGGAUGCAACGCUGGGGCUGCUGCGUGAGCAAACAGACAUGCUCUGGCGUCUGAUGGAGCUUCAGGAACGCCUGCAGGAAAACCGAGUGCCGCUACAGCCCUUGUACCCCCCCUCCCUCCUCCCCAUGCUCCAUAUCCUCCUCACCCAGACGUGUAAGAAAGCGGGGGGGGGGGGGGGGAAGCUCCGUACACCUUCCCAUUCCACCCCAGUGGACAGCCCAAGCAAAAGGCUGUCAUUUUUUUAACCUUUUUUUAGUGGCCUUUUCCUUCCCACCGAUCCUCCUC